AUGUCGACUGCUGUUCCAACCCAAGGGCCUGUGGAGGCGCGCUCGCUCUCGUCAAUCACCACCAUCGCAUCAAAUCCCCCCGCCUAUCCGCGCAAUCCCACCCACGAGAAGCUCGACCCUGUAUCCGCAGAGGCAAUCAAUGCAUCCCUCUACUAUGUCCAUGUCGCAACCCCCGAAGACGAUGCCUUGUUAGAAGAGGUGGAGCAAGAGCGCGAGGAAGAAGCCCAGCGAAAGAGGGAGGCAUUGGACGCUGCGGCUGAGGAGGACCCCUCGCAACGCGACUUUGUUCGAAUGAACAAUGUUCGCCGGAAGCCAGUUGGAGGACAAGAAUCUGCACAAGAGCCUCCUGCGCUGCCUCCAAAAGUACCAUUGGAGCAUGAACCUCCGCAGCAAGAUGCGCCCCCGCCGCUUCCACAGAGACCGCUUCCUAUGCCUGCGGUUUCGGCGGAGAAUAUGUCAUUCGCAGGUACACCAAUAGCCAUUGCGCAGUCAUUUUUUGAGGGUGGGACAGAAGCAGCCUUGGUGGAAUCAGCAGACAAGCCAGGACUCCCACGACGACCGCUUCCUCCGCUGCCUCCCAGUGAAGAGCCGUUUGGUUCACGCCCCGAAGAGCCAAUCAGGAAAACAAAUCGAUGGAGCAAUUUCGCAGAUGGCUUGCAUGGGAAGGGUUUCGAUGCGUGGAAGGAGAAGUACGAUUCGUUCUCAGCGGGUGGACGUCAUAGCCUCGAUUCCAACAGACCCCAAUUACCGUCGCGUCCAUCAGGAGAACGGCCCUGGUCAACACAUAGCCCAGGACAAUCCCCGACCCGCCAACGCAAGCAAAACCGAGCCCCUCCAAGUAACGCAGGCUUCACUAUUACUCUCAUCCGGCGUGAUCCUACUUCGGGUACGCAGUGGAAUGUCGCAACUAUUUCAACUCCGCGCGCGGACUCCAGUGCAAUCGAUAUCGAGAUAUCUACACCAGGAUAUAAUCGAUUCAAUGGGUCGCAGGAACCUUUCUCGUUGGCUAGUCUCAGGCGCUAA